UCUUCAUGUUGUCCUAGGCCUCAUCUCCAAUACCUAGUGCCUCGGAUAGAUCUUUAGCUAGAUCAGAAUUGUAGAACUCUAUUUGAUCUCCAUUGCGCGCAGCAUUGUAUUACCUUUCUCAUAACCGGUCUAAAUGACACCUCUGGUGCCUCAGACUACAACUGCCCUCGAACACAUGCAGCGGGAGAUGGACGCGCAACCAGGCUCUAGUCAGCCUAUGCUUCUUGGCGCGUUUUCUCCUUCUAAUACGACUAACUUUCCUGCACGGCAUCGUCCCAGUUCUCCUCGUCCGUCAACGCGACAUCGUCAACAUCCAUAUAUGUCAAUACAUGACAGACGCUCACUCCGCGCGAUUGUUUUCAUCUGGCGAGGCCUUCAAGGAGUUUCCCGGUUAACGCCCUCAAGCUCAUCGUUUCAUCCCAAGCUCCGUGACGUAGCCGCUGGCCUCAACUAUCUUUAUACAUUUAGCCUCACUACAGACGUACACCGUGACACGCACCCCAACCCAGUCGUCCACGGAGACCUCACUGUUGUAAGGUUCCUCAUUUAUUCCAAACCCUCAUACUAUCGACUGCGAGACCAACGUCCUCAUCGGUAGUGAUAGAACUACAUAUCUUGCAGACUUUGGCCCAUCAGGAAUCUUAAUGAAAUUGCACGGGAUGACAUACC